CGGUGCGUUGUGCUGGUGAACCUCCCGGGCUUUGACACUUGACUUCACACGCUCGGAAAGAAACAAGAAAAACAAAACAGAAAAAAGGAGAGGAAGAAAAGACCUUAAAGCAGUGACAUCUUGACAAAUGACACCGUAGCUGAAUUAUGUUGUGUCAGAUCCCAGGUGUGAAAUGUCUACGUAACCUGAGGAGCAGCUCUCCAAGCACACCCAAAGAGCUUCUGGAGAACAGAUGACAACAGAACCCAAACCCUUACUGGCGCAGAAGUAAAAGUGAACGAUAUAACUGAGACCAAAUACGAGAGAAAGAUAGACACACAAAAAAAUAAAUAAAUAAAUAAAAGUUUUUUUUUUUCUUCUUUGGUUCAUCGAAGUUUGCGAAAAUGAUAACCAACUUGAUAAGGUCGGUGCCGACGGCGUUGCUCAGGAUGAUAGUCUUGUCCGUGGUUAGGGAAGCCGGUGAACACAACUAUGCGACGAAUAACAUAUUGGACCAAUAUGAUUUCAUUGUGGUGGGAGCCGGAACAGCCGGAGGAAUCCUGGCGGCGAGGUUGUCAGAAGUCACUAAUUGGAGGAUUUUGCUGUUGGAGUCCGGAGGUCCGCCGCCCCCCGAGAGCUUCGUGCCCGCCUUCAACAUAGCGCUUAUCGAGGGCGACGCCGACUGGAAUUUCCGCACCGUCCCGCAGCGCUUCAGCCAUAGGGCCUACCAAGACCAUGUGUGUCCGUUCCCGCGUGGCAAAUGCCUGGGCGGCUCCUCGACCCUCAACUGGAUGAUGUACGUGCGAGGCAACAGGCGGGACUUCGACAACUGGGAGGCCAUGGGCAACCCGGGCUGGGGAUACGAGUCUGCCCUCCGCUACUUCAAGAAGGCAGAGAACUACCGCGGCAAAAGGAAUAUUCAUACUCUCUCCUACCACGGACGCGACGGACUACUGUCGGUGGAGGACAAGCGCUGGAGUUCGCCCCUCCUCACGGGAUUCCUGAAGGCAGGCCAGCAGUUAGGAUACGAUAUCGUGGAUCCCAACGGCCCUGAGCAGAUCGGUUUCUCAGUCGCCGACAUGACUCAGCGCGACGGCCGGCGAGGGUCCACGGCAGAGACCUACAUCAAGCCGGCCGCCGCUCGACCCAACCUGGAUGUGGCUGUCAACGCGCACGUCACUAAGAUUAUCUUCGAUGAAAACAAGCGGGCGAUCGGCGUGCGGUUCAGACAGAAUGGGAAAAUGAGGACGGUGAGGGCACGGAGGGAGGUCAUUCUGUCUGCAGGGGCCAUCGGAUCCCCCCAUUUACUCCUUCUGUCGGGUGUAGGGCCGUCCAAGCACCUACAGCAGCACGAGAUCCCGGUAGUGGUCGACCUCCCCGGGGUGGGCCACAACCUGCAGGACCACCCGUCCAUCUUCGGCCUCGCCUGGACCACCAGGAAGGGCGUGUCUAUUUCCAUCCCGAGGUUGCUGGAACCAAAGUCGGUUAAGGACUAUAUCUUCAAUAGACAAGGCCCCUUCACCAGCCCCUUCGGAGUUGAGGGGAACGCCUGGAGUUUAGCCGAGAAGGGCGACCCUUACUGGCCUGACCUCCAGUAUCUCUUCAUCUCUGGCACUCCGGCGCUGGACAGCGGGCUCGCCAUCUGGGACCUGAUUGGCUACAGGAAAGAGGUGUUCUUCGAGUAUUUCGGCCACAUUCUUGGGCGCGACGGCUUCUCGAUCGGCCCCAUGCUGACUCGACCCAAAAGCCGCGGGACCAUCAAACUGGCGUCACGUGACCCUCUGCAAGCACCGCUCAUCGACCCCAAUUUCCUUAGCCAUCCCGAUGACGUCGAAACUUUCGUCAGAGGUAUCAAGUUCGCGCUCUCGGUGGGCAACGCUUCGGCCCUUCGAGACGAUUUCCAAGCAGUCUUCAAUAAAAAGGUGUUGCCCGGAUGCGAACACGAGGCGCCUGGAUCGGACGCUUACUGGUCCUGCUACGCCCUGCACAUGGCGUCCACCACCUUCCACCCGUGCGGCACGUGCAAAAUGGCUCCCUCGUCGGAUCCCUACGGCGUGCUCGACAGCAACCUUAAAGUGCGAGGAGUGUCGGGGCUGCGUGUGAUCGACGCGUCGAUUAUGCCACUAAUCACAACUGGCAACCUGAACGCGCCAGUUGCCAUGAUCGCCGAGAAGGGCGCUGACAUAAUCAAAUUAGAUUGGGGCGCCCCUGUUGCACCUUUGCCGUAGACGUGACCUGUUUAUUUGUUUUCCGAUACUGCGUUAGUCUUUCAAACUUACACUGAGAGAAGAAACAAUCGUCUUUUUUUCUUUGCCGAAACAUUGAUUUGCUAAUAUGAUCGGCAUCAUGCCCGUCUCUACCUCAGGUUUGUAACAAGUACCGUCUCCUCAGUUUGAUAAAAGGCAGCGAUAGGAAUACACAUAAAGUAUUAUCUGUCCACAUGUUUUCCCUCUACGGUAAAAAUGCUCUACGAUCUGAGCUUUGUGUUAAUGUGUUUUAAGCUCGCACCAGAAAUGGGAAGUACGUGACACCAUGACUACACUAGUUCUUUUAAAUCUCAAUUUGCAUUAACCUCUGAGUCGGCCAACUUGCCUCCGUCCUGAAUGAGUGGCAAGUCUAUUUACGCAAGAACGCCAGAGGGAAGUGUGUGAAGCACGUGAAGUUCUUUAUAAAGUGUACAGUACAACAGUCGUUUCGGUGAAGAAGAGACUUUCUUAAUUCAGAUUUGUACAUUAUUAGUUGUUUUUAUUUGUAGUAGGAGAGCACGCGCAUUUGUUUUAUAAAUAAGUUUCACUUACACUGUUAUUUGGAAGUACUCAGCAGUACCACGCGAUGUUAGCUAAUCACAAACAUUUGUUGCAUUGACACAAAAUUGUCCUUUUCAUGAAACAUUCAUCAGAGUGUCUCGUGAGAAUCUCUGAGGAUUAUGGCCCAACUGUCUAGAAUCGCCGGAAUGAAACUGCAUGGAGAGUGAACCUGGCCAAGGUCUCGGGAGAUCUGGCCAGCAGGUUCGGCGGGCUGCUUUCCCCUGGCCUGUGGGAGUGACGUGGCCAUUCGCUCAGUUAUCCAUUAGCAUCUCCGUUCCUAUUCCUCUUUUCUUUUCCUCUCUUCCUCCUCAUGUAUCCCGCCACACUCUUGA